AAUGCAAAACCCAAGUAUAUAACGAACCAGAGAUGAGUGACUGCACUGGUAGAAGUGUGCAAAGCCGAAGAAGGUACUAGAAACAAAGCUAGCUACUACGAUGAGGAAGUGGACGCUCCCUUCCGCUCUUCUUCUCCUUUCUCUCCUCCUUCUAUUUGCAGAUCAAGGUCGCAAGCUUCAGGCAAAUGCCGAAGCUGAUUCUGACGAGCUUGUAGAUCCACCUAAGGUUGAGGACAAGAUCGGUGCCGUUCCUAACGGUCUUUCCACAGAUUCAGAUGUCGCCAAGAGGGAGGCGGAGUCGAUCUCGAAGAGAUCUCUUCGCAACAACGCGCAGAAGUUUGAGUUCCAGGCCGAAGUUUCUCGGCUUAUGGAUAUUCUCAUCAACUCCCUCUACAGCAACAAGGAUAUUUUCCUCAGGGAGUUGAUCUCUAAUGCUUCUGACGCGCUGGACAAGAUUAGGUUUCUCUCUCUCACCGAUAAGGAGAUUCUGGGGGAAGGUGAUACUGCCAAGCUCGAAAUCCAGAUUAAGUUGGACAAGGAGAAGAAAAUCCUCUCCAUCCGAGACAGGGGUAUUGGUAUGACAAAGGAGGAUUUAAUAAAGAAUUUGGGGACCAUAGCAAAAUCUGGAACCUCAGCGUUUCUUGAGAAAAUGCAAUCAAGUGGUGAUCUCAAUCUUAUUGGGCAGUUUGGAGUUGGUUUCUACUCGGUGUACCUUGUGGCUGACUAUGUUGAAGUAAUUAGCAAACAUAAUGACGAUAAACAGCAUGUGUGGGAAUCUAAAGCUGAUGGAGCAUUUGCGAUUUCUGAAGAUACAUGGAAUGAACCACUGGGACGUGGUACUGAGAUUAGGCUACACCUCAGAGAUGAAGCUGGGGAGUACUUGGAGGAGCAUAAGCUUAAGGAAUUGGUAAAAAAAUACUCUGAAUUUAUUAACUUUCCUAUUUAUCUCUGGGCAAGCAAAGAGGUUGAUGUGGAGGUCCCUGCUGAUGAAGAUGAUGAAUCAUCUGAAAGCAGCUCUGAGGAAGAAAGUAAAGAUGAUGAUGCUGAGAAAAGUGAAGAUGACGAAGAGAAGCCCAAGACAAAGACAGUGAAGGAAACGACUUAUGAAUGGGAACUUCUAAAUGAUGUGAAAGCUAUAUGGCUGCGAAAUCCAAAGGAGGUUUCAGAAGAAGAGUACACCAAAUUCUACCAUACUCUUGCCAAGGAUUUCGGUGAUGAGAAACCUUUAGCAUGGAGUCACUUCAACGCUGAAGGCGAUGUUGAGUUCAAGGCAGUGCUUUUUGUGCCACCUAAAGCCCCUCAUGAUUUAUAUGAGAGUUAUUACAACUCUAACAAAUCCAAUCUGAAGUUGUAUGUUAGACGAGUCUUUAUUUCAGAUGAAUUUGAUGAACUGUUGCCUAAAUACCUCAGCUUCUUGAAGGGCCUUGUUGAUUCUGACACGUUGCCACUUAAUGUCUCCCGUGAAAUGCUUCAACAACACAGUAGCCUGAGGACAAUCAAGAAGAAACUUAUCAGGAAAGCCCUUGAUAUGAUCCGUAGGAUUGCUGAUGAGGAUCCAGAUGAGUCCACUGACAAAGAUAAGAAAGAAGAGGUAUCAUCUGACAAUGAUGAGAAAAGAGGUCAAUAUGCUAAGUUCUGGAAUGAGUUUGGAAAGUCCAUCAAACUUGGCAUCAUUGAAGAUGCUACUAACAGAAACCGUCUGGCAAAACUGCUGAGAGUUGAGACCUCCAAGUCUGAAGGUAAAUUGACGUCUCUUGAUCAGUACAUCUCCAGAAUGAAAUCUGGACAAAAGGAUAUCUUCUACAUAACUGGAACUAACAAAGAACAACUGGAAAAAUCUCCUUUCCUUGAGCGGCUUAGGAAGAAAAAUUACGAGGUUAUUUACUUCACUGAUCCAGUUGAUGAAUACUUGAUGCAAUAUCUUAUGGAUUAUGAAGACAAAAAAUUCCAAAAUGUGUCCAAGGAAGGUCUGAAAAUUGGAAAGGAUGCCAAAGCCAAGGAACUAAAGGAAUCCUUCAAGGAUCUCACAAAGUGGUGGAAAAGUGCACUUUCCAGUGAAAAUGUUGAUGAUGUGAAGAUAUCUAACCGUUUGGAUAACACUCCUUGUGUGGUGGUGACUUCGAAAUUUGGUUGGAGUGCUAAUAUGGAGAGAAUAAUGCAGGCACAAACUUUAUCAGAUGCUAGCAAGCAAGCAUACAUGCGUGGCAAGAGGGUUCUUGAAAUCAAUCCUAGGCACCCUAUUAUCAAGGAGCUCAGGGAGCGUGUAGUAAAGAACCCUGAGGAUGAGAGUGUGAAGCAAACAGCACAGCUGAUGUAUCAAACUGCUCUCUUUGAAAGUGGUUUCUUGCUAAACGACCCCAAGGAUUUUGCAUCUCGCAUUUAUGACUCAGUGAAGUCCAGCUUGGAUAUUAGUCCUGAAGCAACUGUGGAAGAGGAGGAAGAAGCUGAAGAAGUUGAGGCCGAGAGUGAGGCCAAGGACGGUGCAUCUGCUGAUGCUGAUGCUGAUGCGAAGGACGAGUUGUAGAUUUUGAGGCAGAACAUUUCCGUACUGACUUCAGUUCCCCUUUUCUUUGUUACUUGGUCUUUAGCAAUUUGAGAAGCCCCUUUCAGAAUGAUUUUUGCUUCCAUAAGAAAGUCUAAUAGAGAGAAACAUUAGUCGUAAGUUACUGUAGUCACUUUAUCCCAUGGAAUUUCGCUUAGCAUUUUAGUACACGGAUGAAGAAAAUUACGCUGUAUUUUUAUGUGGAAAACUGCAUCAUGUCUUAUUUACAGUGACUAGCAAACAUCCGUUAUCCCUUUUUUAUUUA